UCGAGACGCGGCGAACUACACGAUUCUUUUUCAAAAUACAUUCUUUACAUUAUCCGAUAAGCUAAUUUUUUUCAUAUUUGUAUAUUUUAUGAAACUGUGUCAAAGUUAAGUGGUUGUUGCAAAAAAUUUAUAAUAAAAUAGUGAAUUUAAACAUGCGCCAAGCAGCAUUGACAAGAAGUACGAGAAGUUUUGUUGGUAGAAAUGGUAAUAGUUCUAAGAAGGAGGAAAAUGGAACAAACUCACAAAAAGAAAUCAGGAAGGAAGAGGUAAUGGCUAUCCGGAAUAGAUUUCCUAAUAAGAUUCCUGUCAUUGUACAAAAAUAUUGGAAAGAUAACCAGUUACCCCAGUUGGACAAGUCAAAAUUUUUAGUACCUCAAGAUAUUACAAUGUCACAAUUUCAAACUAUAAUCAGGAACAGAAUGAGAAUGAACCAAAACCAAGCAUUGUACCUGCUAGUCAAUGAUAGAUCAAUGUUAAGUCUCUCUUUAACUUUAGGAGAAGUUUACUCGGAGCAUGCGGGGCCCAAUGGCUUCCUUUAUGUAACCUAUGCAUCUCAAGAAGUAUUUGGUGGAAAAUGCAUUAGUUUACCUAAUAAUAUUAAAGCUAGGAUAUCUAAAAUUAACAAAACAGAAAGAGAAGAGUCUUGAUCCGGUUUUAGGAGUCAAUAGAAACCAAAGACUGCUUUUAUUUUGUUAAGUGUAUGUAGUCUAUAAGACGUUCAACUGUUCCUAACCACAUAUUUAAUUGUGAACUUCUUUCUGACAAUUAUAAACUUGCCUAUAAGGAAAUCUCUUAAGUGAAAACGAUAUGAAUAUUUAUACACAUUAUGAAUAUUUUAAUUUUGACAUUUCUUAGCAAUUAAUCAUUGUUUUCAUCUUGUGUUUAAUUCUUAAUAUCAGUUUAUAAAAAGAAACUAUUAAUAAAUGAUUUGCUGUACAAAUAUUAUCUCUUAGUAUUAAAAAAAUGUAUGGAGGUAUAAAUUUUUAGAAAUAUAUAAUGAACUUUUAUCACAUUAUAGCCAUAGGUUCAUUUUUUUUAACAAUUUUACAUUUUUUCUAUUUAAAUUUAAGACUAUUACUGUAACAUUUUAUUAUUAAAGUUUGUUGUUUCUUUA